UAAUGUGUAAAAAAUUUUUAAAAGAAGAACAGAAAACAUGUGAAAUAUCUAGUAACACAGGUGAAAAUGUAGUUUAUGAUACCACUAAUUAUAGAUUGAUAAUGGUAAUUAAUUAUUCAGAUUGGAUGUAUCAAGGACGUUUUAGAAUUGAUAUGCCUAUAAAUAAAAAAAUUAAGUUGGGAACUCUACAUAGUCAAUAUGAUUCUGGUUAUCCAGUUUUUAUUUCAGGUGGAAAUAUUGAAAUAGCAUAUUAUCCAGAUUUGACACAAAUUAGUAGUAUUCAAACAUUUUCUCGAUUGGUUGUAGAUCAAAUAAUAGAUAAAAUACCUAAA